AUGUCGACACACAAGGCCCUAGUGCUGGAAGCUCACAGCGCACCGCUUGUUGUCAGAACUCUACCCGAUCCCCCAGUCACGAUGGGUUCAGCUCUCGUCAAAAUUCUGUACGCAGAUCUCUUUCCCUACUCCCGCGACAUCUUCAAAGGAAAACCUCCAUACCCAAGCAAGACGCCAUACACGCCAGGUACUGCUGCUAUUGCCCGCAUCCUGGAAGUCGGGCCAGAUGCUACUUGUCUCAAGGCGGGGGACGUCGUGUGGGUUGAUUCGACCAUCACCGCCCGCGACGAUCCAGAGACACAAGUCUUGUUGGCUCUCAUUGAGGGUUCAACACCCGGUGCAAAGAAACUGAGUUAA